GACGAACUUGCAAAACGAGCAGCUGAUCAACAACUAACAGAUGCCAUUACUCCGAUAUCUACACGACUAGUUCAACUUGUCAACGAUGCUAAUCGACUAUUGGGAGAUGCAGAAGGAGUACCAGCACAAUACAGACCAACUGCUGAAGAGUUGGCUGAUGAAUGCAAAAAGGCUGUCACUCUUCUGCAAGAUGCACCAAAAUCUCAUCCUUCUGUGCAAGCCCUCGAAGCAGUCCUAUCUCCUGCUGAAAGCAUGGUUCCAGUUUUGCAAGAACGCGCUAACAACUGGGAUGCAUUUGUGCGAAUAAGAGACGAAGCAGACAUUGAACUGGACAAAUUGAGGAAACCACUCGACGAAGUGUUGGCAAAGCCACGAAGAUCUACCAAUGACGCUAAGAAAGAUUUCGAUGUGAUUUCUGAGGAGAGGAAGAAGACGAAUAUUCUCAGCGACAAAGUUCGUCAACUGCAACAGCUUUCUGAACUUCUCGAUCCUCUUGAGAGCGCAUAUGCCGACGUUCGAUUCAUCGACGUUGACGCAGAACAAAUCGAGAAGCAGUAUGAUGACGUAUUGAACGAGUUGUCAGCAGAAAUCGAAGAUGAGAACCUGCUCUGUGACUCUGUAGAUCACUUCAACGCUGAGAUGAAUUCCAUCUCUGAUCUGCUAUCCAGAGAGCCUAGUAAGGAGAAUAUUGAGAAUAUCGAACAAUUCCAAAUUCCGGCGCUUCGAGCACAAUUAUCGAUGCUGAAGGAGAAAUACGAUGAGGCAAAUCAUGCUCGUAAGCAUGUGGAUCCGGACUCAUCUCGGCUCGCUGUCUUAGAAGAUCGUAUGCAGUCUCUUGAUGCAUUGCUUGAAGAUGCGAAGAAAGCCGCUGAGAAGGACGAACAAGAGCGUAUUAUUAUUAUGCUCACCGUACGAUUAUCACAACUUGAAGCGCUUCCUCUCCGUGAGCUUAGUGAAGAUUCAUUGAAUGAGAUGGAGAAUCAACUCCAGAAUCUUCCUAAGGAGAAGGUUGAACAACUUCAGAAACAAAUCGAGGACUUGCGAAAUGCUAAAAAGCAACAGGAUGACACUAUUCGUGAUACUGUUCAACGUUUGGCACAAAUCGAAGAGGCGAUUGCUGCCCUUCCAACAGCUCAAGAUAUCCCGACACUGGAAGACAAACUUGCACGAAUGCGUGACAUUCGUGAAGGACUACUCAAUUUGGAGAUAACCGCUGAAAAGGAUAUUGACGAUAGAGCAGAGAAUGAUCGAAAGAAACUUGAAGAAAUGACGAAACAUGAUGAAGAACAACUUCAGAACAUGUUAACUGAACGCGAUCUUCGCAACGCUGCAGUUCAAUCGCUCGAUCAACUUGAACAAGACGUUGCGGACAUUGAACAAAGCUUGCCCGUACCAUCGACAUCUUCUAAUGACGUAAUCGCAUUCCAGCAGAAUAGAAUACCAAAACUCACAGCACGA